GAUGUAGGAGUUAUAUAGGGAGCACAUACAUUUGCUUAUGCAUUAAAGAUUAAGGGUGAAAUGUGUUGCGUGUCAUGUUAAUAAAGAAUAGUCUUAAGUAUGUACUACUAUACACCAAAACAUGUGACAUUCGACAUCUUUGUAUUAUGAUAAAAUUUGUAUUUUUUUAUAUUUUUAUAUUAGAUGUAUAUUAAGCUAUGAUUGAUCCACAUGGAGUUUACAAAAUAGGAUACGAACAAAACUUGAAAAAGAAAACACAUUUUUUAAAUUAAUGUUUUAAAGUUUUCCAUACAAGUUUUUUAAAAACUCUGAAAAUAUUCUACAUGUUUUUUCAACUAUUUUUCAAGUUGUAAAAAAAAUCUAAAAUCAUUAUCCCAAAAUAAAUAAAAACUCGAUUUUUUUUUUUCAAUUCUUAAAGCUAUGUUUUUAAUAAUCAGCAUAGAAAGACAACAUCCUCAUUAGUUUUACUUUUCCUUUCUAUUUCUCAUCAACCAAAAAAAAAAAACAAAUGUAUUAAAAUAUAUACUUUAAAUGAUCUAUUUAUUUUAGAUCCACAUUACUGAAAGAGAAAGAACUUUAUAGAAAGAAGGAAAAGGCAAAGCAACCCCUCCGGAAUCAAUCAGCAGAGGGUUAGAAAUCCUCAAUCAAAUUCAGGAAAUUGACAAUUCUGGUGGCUAGAACCCCUCUCUUCACUUGUUAUAGCUUCCUUGGCUGACACAAAUACACAAAUAUUGAGAGAGAAAAGAACAGAGGAAAAAAGCAGGCAUGGGUCAAGCCUUUCGCAAGCUCUUCGAUACCUUCUUCGGCAACUCUGAGAUGAGGGUUGUGAUGCUUGGCCUGGAUGCAGCUGGUAAAACAACCAUACUGUACAAAUUGCACAUUGGAGAAGUUUUGUCCACUGUUCCCACAAUUGGUUUCAAUGUGGAGAAAGUUCAGUAUAAGAACGUGAUGUUCACAGUGUGGGAUGUAGGUGGACAAGAGAAACUCAGGCCACUCUGGAGGCAUUACUUUAAUAAUACUGAUGGACUGAUCUAUGUUGUUGAUUCCUUGGAUCGAGAGAGGAUUGGAAAAGCAAAGGCAGAGUUUCAGGCCAUCAUUCGAGAUCCAUUUAUGCUGAACAGCGUCAUCUUGAUUUUUGCAAACAAACAGGACAUGAAAGGUGCAAUGACGCCAAUGGAAGUAUGUGAAGGAUUAGGUCUCUAUGAUCUCAAGAACCGAAAAUGGCAUAUACAAGGAACUUGCGCUCUGAAGGGAGAUGGCCUUUAUGAGGGCUUGGACUGGUUAGCCGGAACUCUCAAGGAAUUAAGAGCCGCUGGAUACUCCUCAGUGGGCACUUCAUCCUUCUAACCAACCAGGACUUUCGAGGCUUUAAGUUGGCUGAUGGAUGAAGCUGCAGAAUUGGGCACUUAGACAUCAAAGUCAUGAAUAUUAAUUGAUUAUUUUCAGGUUCUGUUUAAAAGCUGAUGAAGUCUACUUACUCCUGGCCAAUACUUGGCACUUACCUCUGUGAUUUUCUUCAAUGUAUAUUUAGAUACAGGCCUUGCCUCUCUGGGGUUUAACCAGACAACAACAGGGAGCUCUCUAUGAUUUUGGUUUCCCCUAGAAUAAUACUCUUUACAUAUAUAUCAUAUGAAGGUCCUCGAGUGGUUAGUUUGGACUC